AUGGCAGACCUCGACCAUCUUCCUCAUCUCACGGUGGAAGACGACCAACCUAUUGCACUUCGCAGAAAGAGACGUAGCAGUGUUGCGGCAUCUUCGAAUUACAGUUCUCCGGUAAAAGCCAAUUUCUCCAAAAGAGAUUCCCAAUUCAAUCAUGGCAUAUCAACCCCGCCAACUACACCUAGGAGGGCGAAGAAACGCGUGCGGUUUUCCGACCCAGGACCAGCAUUACCAUCUCCGACCGACUCCAAUUCUUCUGGUCUUACACCUUUUAUGCGAAAGACUGGACUUUCGAUUAUCAUUCCACGCGAGAGAAGAAGACAUUCUACGCCUGCCAGACUUGGGACACCUUCCAAACUAUCAAAUCGCUCUCAGUAUGCGGAACCCAUAUCUGGGGAGAUUCAGUUUGCCCCGCUUAGGCAAGUUCUGGAUGGCCGAGUCAAGCGACGACUAAAAAGAAACGGACUGAGUGAGGAGAUAAAUGUGAUUGAGUGGGAAAAGAAGCAUAAGGCCCGUCGACAGAAAUUGGAAAUUCAAAGACUGCGAGAAGAACUGGAAGUGCAUCGGUCUCAAGUUAUGAGCAUGCAAGACGAGUUGGACAUUACCAGUCAGCUAGAAGGGGAGUCAGGCAUGUCACUGGGUGCGACAUCAACAUCCAACUCAAAGAUAUAUGAGCUUGAGCAAGAGGUCCAGAGACUCAAAGCAGAGCUGGAGCAGAAGGAAGAUGAUGCUACGAUAACCGAUCCUAAUUGGACCAUGGCAGCCCAUGACCCCUUUGAUGAUUUCAACGACGAUGAUGACAACAUGAUUACGAAUUACGAUAUGGAGUUUGCUCACGAUACCGAAAUGGACACGACCCCAACACGACUGAAUACAUCUUUUCCAUCGCCGCCUUCUACUCUGCCUAAUACCCCAACUGCCUUCGCAAUUGCGCGAGAUCAGACCUCUUCGCCGGUCGACACUGAAAAAGCUGCACUCAAACAACGACUAGAAUCCUUGCAGUCACAUGUGGCUACACUUACUUCCACGAUUGCAUUUAAGGAAGACAAUCAUGCACGCCUCGAGGAGAAACUUCAGGGUUUCGUUCCCCUUGACGAAUCUCACGAUCAGAACUCGCUUGAUGCUGCACUUGACACGGUUCUCACUCGGCUGGCUCUCGCUCAGUCAGAAGCUCGCGAUCAUCAGAAUGCAUUUACAGCUCUCACAGGAGACAUCAAAAAUCUCGGCUUCCCCAUCUCCGAACCAGACAAAGUCCUCGAAACAAUCGCCCAGCAAUUCCGCCAAGCCAGGUUAGAAAUCGAGUACCUAACUCCCGGCGAAGUCGUCGAAGGCUUUGAAAAUGACAAAGUUCUUGAAAUGCUAGUCUCAAGAAUCAAAGUGCUAUUCGAAAAAGUCAAGAGAAGCGACGAAAGUAUCGAUCAAUACCACGAUCAAGAGUUACUCCUCCGCCAACAAAUCAACACCCACGUGAGCAUCAACCAAGACCUCACCACUAAACUUUCAGACUCAAAUCACGCUAUCACGGAGCUGCAAGAAGAAAUGCAAGACAAGGAAACGACCAACCAGCGCCUCAAAUCCGCGCUGGAAAGCUACCGUAAAGAAGUCGCAGACUUGACACAGUUAAUUGAACAAGUCGAGCGAGAUGGCCAAGACCAGAAUUCAAGGCUGCAGAGUGAGAUUGAUGAGGUUAAUGAUCGGCUGCAGGAUGAGAUGUUGAAGCAUGAUAGUACACGCACGAUGGACGAGGGGAAGGAUUUGAUUAUCAUGGAGCUGGAGAGGAGACUUGCUGCUGCGCUGGAGGCGGCGGCGGAGGUGCAGGAACAGCUUGCUUCUAUGACGGCUGCGAAUGUGGAGAAAGAUGUGCGUAUCGAAGAAGCACAAGCUGAAGCGCGUGAGAGUGAGAAGCAGGUCGCGGCAAGAAACGCGCGGAUUCUUGACCUUCAACAGGAGGUUGAGGCAAUUAACAACUCGCUGCAAGCAGCACACGCAACGAUCCUCUCUCUCACCACCGAGAACCAGCAAUUAACUUCCAAGCUCGACGCAGAGAAAGCGCGAGGUGUGGGCUUUGCGAAGAUGAUGAACGAGCAGCUUGUCAGGAGUUUGGAGAUGAGUAGUGCGUUCUUGGGUGGUGGUGAGGUUGCUGUUGGUACCGAUGUCGAGGUGUCUGGAAAUGCGGGUAUAAAGGAGGGAGCUGUGGUACGCAAAGGAAAUUUUGAGGUCAAUACCGGGACUGCUGGCGUAGUUGGAGGCAAGAAAAAGAGGAGACGGUAUGACAGUGGACUAGGCUUUUUGGAUGAGGGGGAUGAAGAGGGGGAUAUGGUGGAUGAUUACUAA